AUGUCUAUCCUCACACGGAAUACCGCCCGUUGGACUUUCCGAACUCUCCGUCCCACGAUUCCGUUUCGAAGCACCUCUCUCACAAGAACAUACUCCAUCUCCGCGAACUCGCCCUUGGCAGAACACUUCAAAGUGAAUGGAGACCGCUUAUGGGAGGAUAUUCACUACACAGCGCAAUGGAGCGCGCCGUCUCCUGGUGGUAUCACCCGCCUUUGUGCAGAUGAAAACGAUAAGAAAGCGAGAGACUGGUUCCGCGAACAAGUCCUGGCACUCGGAGCUGACUACAAAUUCAAUGCCACUGGAACGCAAUUUGCGCUGGUGACCGGCGAAGAUAACAGCAUCCCGCCUAUUGCCAUGGGAUCGCACCUGGAUAGUGUCGCUACAGGUGGUAAAUUUGACGGGCCGUUAGGUGUCAUUGGUGGUCUCGAGGUCCUCCGCUCGAUGCAAGAACAGGGCGUGAAGACUCGUGCGCCGCUUGUACUCAUUAACUGGACCAACGAGGAAGGUGCACGAUUCUUCCCGCCAUUGGGGAGCUCAUCCGUUUAUGCUGGUCAAAACACGGUUGAGGCUGCGCAUGCUUCAACAUCGAACGACCACUCAGGCCUCACGAUGGGUGGGGAGCUGACCAAGAUCGGAUACGUUGGUGAUGGGCCAAACGCUUUCGAAGAGUUUCCCAUUAGUGCUCAUUCCGAAAUACACGUGGAGCAAGCAACAGAUCUUGAGAAAGCCGGUAAACCAGUUGGCUGGGUCGAAGGGUGGCAGGGCAUGACCUGGUAUUCCCUACACCUCAAGGGUGAGGAUGGCCAUGCGAACACGUACCCGAUGUAUGGUCGCAGAGACACGCUGGUGGGUGCCGCAAACAUCAUCACGGCAGUCCAUGAACUGGCAUAUAAGCACAAUGGUCGAUCAACGGUGACCAACAUCCUGAGCGGCCCUUGGGGCGCAUGUAACAUCCAAAGCUCCACCAAAGUUUCGUUUUGCCUGAUGAACUGGGAAGCAACAGGUCUUGAAGACAUGGGUGCUGAUAUCGAAAAACAGAUCAAAGGCGUCGCAUCAAGACACGGCUUAGAAUUGUAG